AUGGUUACGCACAGCAUCACUCUUGUCUGGGCUGCUAAGCAAGCGGCUAUGUUCCAUGACUUGGCGGCGAGGGGGUUAGCACCGGUGUUGAAACGAGGGGAUAUUGAAGUCUCAUUCUAUGCUACCUCGAAUCGCAAGAAUGGUCUUGUGGAUGGGAACUUGAUUGAUACGGUUCAGCAAGUAAAGGAUUAUCUGGUAGUGGAGGUGGGAGAUUAA